GAUAGUGACGAAGCUUUUGGCGAAAGCGACGAAGAGAGAUUUGAGGGAUACGCAUUUCGUGGUAGUAGUAGCACACAAGCUAAAAAGAUGCGGCAAAGGAAAACCAAAAACGACCAGGAACUGACUUUGGAUGAAGAGGACGAGAUGGAAGAGGAUAGUGAUGAUAGUCUUGGCGAGGAUGCUGUUGAUCUUGCCACUAUGCUAGACAACUACGAGGAUAGCGGAGAUGAGAAGCCUGCCGUCAGAGGGAAGAAGCGUCAUACUGAGGAGGCCUUUGAUGGGUUUUCGAAUGAAUCCGACCAGGAGGAUGACGGGCCUUCCGACAUAUCGUUAUCAGACGCAGAAGGCGAAACAGAAGAUCCUCAACAGCUCCGUAGACUUCAAGAUCUCAUCUCCUCGAUGACACCAGCCGAGGAAGCAGCGGAACGGAAAAGAAAAGGCUAUGAUGCCCUCGAAGCAUCAGCGCCAUCAGACUCAGCAACGAUUGGUUCAGGGAAGAUCGACCUGGCGGAUCUGAUUCCCGCGACGGCAGGCUCCAAGUUGAGACAAGCUGCAAAAAUCUUGCGAGAUGAUGUGAAGGCUUCGAAGCGAAACGGUAUACCCGCCAAAGUCGAAGUCCCACUACCCAAACGACAGCAGGACAAAUUAGACCGCAUUGCAGCCAACAAAAAGACCAAAGAGACACUUGAACGAUGGACCGAUACAGUGCAACGAAAUCGUCAAGCGGAGCAUCUCUCCUUUCCACUCAAGCAUGGUGAUGAAACUGAGCUCGAGGGUAGUCGGCGAUUCCUCCCCACGACCAAACCACAGAAUGAUCUGGAAAGUAACAUUCAAAAUAUCUUACUCCAGAGCGGCCUGAUGAAACAGAAUGGUCAGACGGAUGAAGACAAGAUUCGCCAAUUCGAAGAACUGGAAACGAAAAAGCUGCCACAGGAAGAAGUCGAGGCCCGACGCGCCGAAUUACGCAAAGCUCGAGAACUGCUCUUCCGCGAAGAAGUUCGUGCGAAACGUAUCAAGAAGAUCAAAAGCAAGUCCUAUCGUCGAGUGCACCGAAAAGAGCGUGAGAGACUGGAACAGAAGGAGCGUGCUAUGCUUGAGGCCGAGAGAGUCGACUUGGAAGAGGAGGAGCGCGAAUUAAAUGACCGCCGCCGUGCAGAAGAGCGCAUGGGCGCCAAGCAUCGCGAGAGCAAAUGGGCUAAAGGUGUGAAAAAGAGCGGUAAAGCAGCUUGGGACGAUGAUGCUAGGGAUGGAGUGACUGAGAUGGCCCGUCGGAAUGAGGAGCUGCGCAAGCGCAUGUCAGGCAAAGACGUACGGAAUGAAAACGAAGCCGAUUCCGAUGUCAGUAGCGGCGAUGAUGAGAGCGAAGUCGAAGACGAAGAAGAGCGCCAGGCCCGUAAGAUUGGGCGCCAGCUGCAGCGCGUAUCUGCUCAAGAUGUUCCAGAUGGUCCCGGUUCGAAGCUUGCCAACAUGGCUUUUAUGA